AUGGCUCAAUCAUCAAUUGCCUCGGCUGUCAACACCUGGCAAGGUGCUGGCGCAGCCGAGUUUGACCUUCGAAGUGACACCAUGACCAAGCCUACUUCAUCUAUGCUCGAAGCUAUUUGCCAAACAACCCUACUCGACGACGUAUUCAACGAGGACCCAACAACCAACGACCUGCAAAGCUACGUCGCACAGCGAACCAAGCAUGAAGAUGCACUCCUGGUUCUAUCAGGUACAAUGGGCAACCAAGUAGCUAUCCGCACUCACCUGACUCAACCCCCGCAUGCCGUUCUCUGCGACCAUCGAUCCCACAUCAUCUGCUACGAGGCCGGCGGCGUCAGUGCCUGGACCGGCGCCACAAUGCAAACCGUUGUUCCGAAGAAUGGCGUCCAUUUGACUCUCGAAGAUAUCCAGAAACACGCAGUGCUCGACGACAACAUCCACCAUUGCCCGACCAAGCUGAUCAGUUUGGAAAAUACCCUUGACGGCAUGGUCAUGCCUUUGUCCGAGGCCCGUCGCAUCGUUGAGUGGGCUCACAAAAAUGACAUCAAGGUUCACCUGGACGGGGCUCGGCUCUGGGAGGCGGUGGUCUCUGGAGCCGGCAGCCUCGAGGAGUAUGCCAGUCUGUUUGACAGUGUGAGUCUGUGCUUUUCUAAAGGCCUGGGUGCGCCGAUCGGAAGUAUCAUUGUCGGAUCGCAGCCUUUCAUUAAGAAGGCUCGGUGGUUUCGCAAGUCGAUUGGUGGCGGUGCGCGGCAAACAGGUGUCUUUGCUUCCGCGGCUCGGAUCGCCCUUGACGAGACUUUCGGAAAGGAUUCGAAUGGGCAGUCGGGCAAAUUGCCAGCUACACAUGCCAAGGCUAAGCGUGUAGCUGAGUUGUGGACUAGUCGAGGAGGGAAGCUGCAGUAUCCCGUGCACACCAAUAUGGUUUGGCUCGAUCUGGAGGGAUCUGGCGUCGGGCCCAAUGACCUGACUGUCAUUGGGGAAGCAAAGGGGCUUAGAUUGCUUGGUGGGCGGGUUGUUGUGCACUACCAGGUUUCGGACGAGGCGAUCUCACGGCUAGAAGAGGUAUUUGACAUUGCGAUGAAAGGGGAGUAUCAGCGCAGCGAGGAUAAGAGCAGGCCCUAUGGGAGUAGCAAACCGUAG